AUGGAGGAAGUGGUGCAUGAAUGUGAGUUUGACGUUGAAGAGGAGGACCUUCCGGUAGACGGCGGAGGCGAGAACAUACCGGAGGAUGAUGAAGCAGAUGAAUCACAACUCAUGCAGCAAAGCAAGACAAUGCAGGAGAAUGGCAGACAAUUGGGAAUCCUGUCUGCGGAAAAAGCCAAGGAGUUCCUGGAGGAGUUCAAGGCGCAUUACCUCCGACAGGUCACUCCUCAGAUCGAGAAGGUAACAAAGAGUGCCAUCCUCCGAGGUAUGAAGAGCAAACUGCCUGGCAUCCGCAAGAUCUCCAAGAUGCUGGCAUCACAACUUGGGGCACUGAAGUUCAUGGAGACGCAUGGAGUGCUGCCCAGGUGGUGGAAAACCUUCUGGAUGAAGGUCCGCAAUGCUGUAAGAAAGGCAGGAAAGACCUGUACUGUCCUGGAUGACGACGAAACCAUGCUCAUGCAGUACUUAAGCCGAGUGCCUGCCUUUGCCUCGUACCAGGAACUUGGCAGAGGCAUAGGAGCAAAGCUACGACGCAUGGCAAUCCACCUGGAGAGCCUAUUCCGAGAGGUCCCGGAGGGUGUCAGUGACCUGGUGGAGAUGUUAACAUCAGUGACUGCGUCCCUCCCGGAGGAUGACAUGGACGGGACGACACCAGAUGAAGUGGAUGCCUGGAUGACUACAUGGACUACAAGAAUCAGGCAAUGGAUGGAUUUAGAAGUUGCGAAGCUUUCGCAAGUCAUUGAGAUACCAGACUCCCAUGACAACACUGUGGAAGAAGCGGAAAGAAUGGAAUUCAUCUUUGUCGAAAUGGUGGUGGCGCUGCAGAGGGCAAUGGGUGCAUUGAUGUCGGAGGUUGAAAAAGCACGCCUCCGCAAAUCGGCCGCAGUGGAGCAAGCCUGGGACGACUGGGCAGUGCAAAAUUCCAUGGAAGAAGGGCCUAGCCCUAAACGCCAUCGAACGGUGAGGACCCAAGUCGAUGCGGAGAUGCUUGCAGAGGAGAAUGUGAAUGGCGCAGCCAACGACGGCAGCUGGGGACCUGGAGGUGAAUUUGCAAGGGAAGUGGUUGGAGAAAACCGAAAUGGCAGUGGAGUGAACCUUGAGGUCGAUGACAGAACCAUGGCGGAGUGUGAUGAACGACGACUACGGGUAACGGAGCUGAUGUACAUGAAGAAAUCGACGGUGCCCAAGUAG